ACAGUAAACAGGCCUAUCAGCAUGGCUUACACACAGAUGAAACAUUAUCUCGACAGAGCGAAAGAGGCCACACAGUCUGACACACGAACACUCGCUGGUCAGGAGAGAUGGCAGAGCCACAGCGAACAUCUGAACCCAUCAACUAUGUGCAUCAGGAUGAAAUCUGGAAAGCGCAUGUAAAGGCUGAGAAACACUCGGCUGAAGUUUGGCCUAACAAGUGGGGCUUCCUGUCUGAAGCCUACAAGGAGUAUGAGGUGGAAAGUGUGAAGCUGAAGAAGGCAGUCAAAGUGGAGCUUCCCCAGCACCUGACUACACGACCUCUGACCCCUCCAGAAAGAUACAUACAUGUUAGCCCCUCACCUCCUGUUCCUCAGACAACUCAGGGCAUGAUUGGUUGGCGUUCAGGUCACUCACAUCUGCAGCUGGAAAAGUACGGCACAGUGCAUCAUGGGAGGCGUAGUUUUUUGAAGGAUUUGGGCUGACCUUUUGUAGCUAUUUGAGUAAAAGUCCUUGGCCACUGUUGUCUCACCUAAUAAAUGACUAAUGGCUGGAGCAUAUUUGGCAUAUUUCAUGGUCUCUUUGACACUAUUCCACAUUAAUAAAACAAAAAAAACUUUCACAACUCUGACUUCAGACUCAGCGUAGGGCAUAAAUUUCGCCAGUCGAAGAUCAACCACCACAGAUGAUGAGAUGACAAGUGGUUUGCAAAACUGUCCAUUAAUUGUCCAUUGAAAAUUUCCUUGAAAAAAAACAAUGUAUUAUUUAUUCUUCUAAUUUCAACAAUGUCCAUAUAACACUUGCAUCAAGCUCAGGUUUCUAUAGUCCAUUUUCUUUAGAUGAUGCCAACAGGAUCUAACAAGACCAUACAUGAUGAUUCUUCUUCUUCUUUAUAUUUUUUAUUGGCGGUUGGCAAACAGCAAAAUGGUGCAAUACUCUUAUUGCCUGUUUAUGCCCUGUCCUUAUCUUCAACGCCAUGCUGCUCUGUUGUAUGUUAAUUGCCCCUUGGGGAUAAAUAAAGUCUUUCUGA